UGCCCUCCCUGGGUGCCUGAGCGGCCCCGGUGCCCACCGCAGGGGCACGGGCGCAGGGCUCGGAGGAUGAUGUGAGCUGCAAGCAGGCACCCAGAGCUCAAGGGCAGAGCUGGGUUUCCCCGGGAGGUGAGGCAGAAGGAGCCUGCCUGCAGCCAAGUACCCGCAUCCUGGGUCCGGCAGCGCAGCCCCAUGUCCAGAGGAGGGGAGAUGGUUUAUAUCCCGGAUGACUCCGACUUCAGCUCCUUCAGGGAUCAGUGCGAGAGCCUGGAGGGCUGGCACUGUCGGUAUAACAAGGCUGGCGUGACCGUGUGGAGUCAGGGCCAGGAGGAAAGCUGCACUGUGCAGAAAAUCAAGACUCGCAUCUCCUGCAAGGACGUCCCUGCUGAGACACUCUAUGAUGUGCUGCACGACACCGACUACCGCAAGAAAUGGGACUCGAAUAUGAUCGAGACCUACGACAUCGGGCGCCUGACCGUGAACGCUGACGUGGGAUACUACUCCUGGAAGUGCCCGAGCCCACUGAAGAACAGGGAUUUCGUCACCCUGCGCUCCUGGCUGCCCCUGGGCAAUGACUACAUGAUCAUCAACUACAGCGUCAAGCACCCGAAAUACCCCCCCCGGAAGGACUUUGUGAGAGCCGUGUCCCUGCAGACAGGGUACCUCAUCAAGGCGAACGGCACCGGUGCCUGCGUCCUCUAUUAUCUCACCCAGGUGGACCCUCGUGGGUCGCUGCCAAAGUGGGUGGUGAACCGCGUCUCCCAGUUUGUGGCACCAAAGGCGAUGAAGAAGAUCUACAAGGCCGGGCUGAAGUACCCGGAGUGGAAGCGCAAGCACGACCCUGGGUACAAGCCCUGGGUGUACCCGGAGCAGAACACACUGCCCAGCGUCAGCCUGGCCGAGCUCUCGCUGCAGCACGCGGACUCGCUGGAGAACAUCGACGAGACCGGGCUGCCCGAGGAUCACCUGAGCACCAGUGACCACGAGGCCUGAGCCCUCACCUCAUGGGGGGACACCCUCAUGACUGAGGCUUGGCAGCCAGGGGGGGAACGGGUGGGAAUUUGGCCCCCUGCACCCCAAUAGUCAUGUCUGCUCUCCAACUCCUUCAUCAUAGACUCCCCUAGCAGUGCAGCGAGGUACUGUCACAUGGGAAAUGAUGUCCCCAUGCAGGACAUAGAGCUGGAAGUGGGAUUGGGUGCCCCAAGGAGAGGUUGGGCAGAGAGAGGGGGGAACCCUUUAUGGGGGGGUGUAGGAGCUUUCCUGGUACCAGGAUAUCCCUCUGCCAGUUUAAGACCUUCUAAGGGUGUCCCCCAAAGGUCCAGAAGUAGGGAGAACUAUGAGGGUCCUGCCCAGGCUUUCCAGUAGCACAGGGCUUGCACUGAGUCUCUCUGGCCUGUGCUCCAGCUCUGACAGCCCCACCGUCAGGCUCGACCUGCUCCAGCCCACCAGGUCCCCCCAGUUUUAGCGUGAACCCCCAUCUCAGGGAGCGCACCCAGGUCCUGUCUUGGGCAUGAGGCUCACCCCUGGGCCUGGCUCUAGCCCAGCUCGGGGGACCCCUUCCCUAGAGGUGUGGGGGGGGCUUGUCCUGGCAGUGGGGUCUUGGCAGCCUCUGUCCCCACUCUCUCGGUGUUUGCCAUUGCUGUGGUUUCUGGCACAACAAUAAAGGGGUUGCUGUGUGCA